CACAGGAGAUGGCACCUUGCCACCAACUGGCUUAGUACAGUGUAAAUGCUUAUUAUUGUCAUUAAUACAGUGACAGUGUAUAAUUUUGGAACUGAUCACUGUAUUAAUGUUACCGGUGAUGUCAGAUUGCCUUCCUCACUCUUGCAGUCCCAUUAUAAGUCACUGAUCACCGCCAUUAGUAGUAUAAGAAAUAAUUCCAGUAUAUACACCAUAGUUUGUAGGCAUUACAACUUUCACGCAACCAAUCAAUAUACGCUUAUUGGGAUUUUU